CACACUCACACUUUCCCCUCGCAGUGUUCACUAGUGGUCUGGCGCUCCAGCGACACGCACGCAGGAAAUUCAUGAAGAAACUGAGCUCAGCGUAGGAGUUAAAGGAUUUCGUACAUAACUACGCUUUCAUUGUCUUUCACCAGAAGAAGUAUUUUAAUUAGUGAACGUUUGCUGACAAGGACACUCAGAAAGCGGCAUUUAUUAGGAAAUAUCUGCAGAAUGGCAGAAACUGAGGGAAGUCCGUUCGCAGCAGGAUGUUUGGAGAAACUGAAGAACUAUGUGCGGACUCGAAAGGGGACUAUACUGGCCGCCGAAAUACUCAUCAGUUUCAUCAUCCUGAUCUGUUAUGCCGCAUCGAUGUAUGGAGGGUAUUCAGCGGUCGCCAUCUGCCAGAUGGUCUUUGCCAUCAUCUUCUUCAUUAUCUUUAUGAUGGAGCUGGACAAACAGUUCCUGGUGGUGAACUGGCUCUGGAGUGAUCUGUUUCGUGCUAUUAUUGGUGCAGCACUUUAUAUAAUCACCUCUCUGAUCUGUGUGAUCGGUGGAGCUGGAGAUGGGGCUCGCAUCGCUGGUGGGGUGUUUGGUCUGCUGGCUGGGAUCCUGUUUGCGUAUGAUUCCUACACUAUCUACCUGGACAUCAAGAGCGGCAGACAGCACACAGCUGCACCCACAGGUCGCUGAAGGCCGUCUCCUGGAGUUUUACAGCUGACAUUUGGUGUUUGAGCCAAACACUUUUUCACUGGUCUCUCACCUAAAACUAUGCCGCUUAACAUGCCCACUCUUCGUGUCCUGUAACCAUAACAGCUUAACUCAACUAACUAUUCCCUGGUGAUUUAUUUGGCGUCUCCCUUUUUCUUUUCUCUCCCUUGUUUUAUUUUAAACAGAUGACACAGUUUGAAAACUGCUUGCCUCACUACAACAUUAACAGCAACCAAAACAUGGAGAUCGAGUCUAAAAAAGGCAAAAGGAGAGAAUUCCUGAGAGUUAUCGCGAAGUUACCAUGACAGAUGAAGACUGGAGGAAUGCAAAAGGGAUCUCACACACACACACACACACAGAGAUGCAUACAUACAAAAGAAGCUAAAUGGACUGAACUGCAAGACUGAUGAGAAGAAGAAACAGCCAUUUAUGAAGGAACUGAAAGCUGUUGGCAUCCAAAGAGUCAUCGCUGUCAUCUUGCUCUAGCACAAAAUCUUCAGCUUGUUUGGUUACAAAAGGGCUUAAAGGGAAAGUUUACCCAAAAAUGACAUUUCUGUCAUCAUUCAUACACCCUUUAUGACGCAAAAGAAGAUAUUCUGAAGAAUGCUGGAAACCUGUAACCAUUGACUUUCAUAAUAUUUUAUUUACCUAGAAGUCAAUGGUUACCAGUUUUCAGAAAAAAAAGACGGUUCUGUCUUCAUUCACACACCCUUUAUGACUGUUACUUUUGUUAAACGCAAAAGAAAAUAUUUUGAAGAAUGCUGAAAAACCUGUAACAUUGACUUUCAUGGUAUUUGAUUUACCUACUAUGCAAGUCAAUGGUUACUGGUUUUCAGAAAAAUGACAGUUCUGUCAUCAUUCACACACUCUUUAUGACUUUCUUACUUUUGUUGAACGCAAAAGAAUAUAUUUUGAAAAAUGCUGAAAACCUGUAACCAUUGACUUUCAUUGUAUUUGUUUUUCCUACAAUAAAAGUCAAUGGUUACCGGUUUCCAGAAAAAAAAAGACAUUUCUGUCAUUAUUUACACACCCUUUAUGACUUUCUCUCUUUUGUUGAAUGCAAAAGAAGAUAUUUUGAAGAAUGUUGGAAACCAUUGCCUUCAUAAAAAGAAAAUAGAAAUCAUAAAGGGUGUGUAAAUGAUCACAGAGUUGUCUUUUUUUCUUGAAACCGGUAACCAUUGACUUUCAUAGUAUUUGAUUUACCUACUAUGGAAGUCAAUGGUUACCGGUUAUUAAGAAAAAUUACUAUUCUGUCAUCAUUUACACACCCUUUAUGACUUUCUUUCUUAUGUUGAACGCAAAAGAAGAUAUUUUGAAGAAUGUUAGAAUCCUGAAAAUAUUGAAUUUCAUAGUAUUUGUUUUUCCUAAUAUAGAAGUCAAUGGUUACCGGUUUCCAGCUUUUUUCAAAACAUCUACUUUUGUAAUUAAUAGAAGAAAAAACUCAUAAAGGUUUGGAAAAACUUGAGGGAGAGUAAAUGUUGAGUCAGUUUUCAUUUUUGGGUGAACUAUCUCUUUGAAAAAUGCACAACUAUUUCAAAAUAACUUGUCCUUCCAUUUGUUUUAUUACAUUUUAAACAGUUAUAUUAUUAGUAGUAGUAGUGGUUCGUGUUAAAAAACCUUGAUUUAAUUCAGUCUGGUGCUGUUUUUCUGAUAAGUUUGCUUAAAUUGGUGUUGGUGUAAAAUGUCACCGCAGCUCGUAACUGUAACUAAAUUGACUACAUUUGAAUUAAUUUUGAUUGUUCUUGAUGAUUGUGCCUAAAACAAAGCAGUUCCAUGUGGAUUUAUCGAUUUCAGACAGGAUUAGAGAUAAACAGUUAAACAUUCAGGUAAAACAAUUUCAAUGACAUUUCAGUUUCAUUUCUUCCAAGAUGGUAUGAAUUUGUACUAACAAUAAGUACAAUAUGUUCAUCAUUCUCACAUGUGACCUCAAUGGAUGCUUAUUUUCUUGAUGCCAUAAGGGUUUUUUUAUUGUAUGAUAAACCAAGUCAUUGAAUAGACAUCGUCCUUAUAGUACUAAAAUAGCACAGACACCUUGUCAAUGAUUUCCCAAGGAAAUACUAGGAAUAAUAAUAUUAAAAAAGUUAACUCCAGAGAUGAUUUUAAUGUGCCUUAAAGAGAUUGUUCUGGAAUAUUUGGACUGACAAAACUGGGUUUUCUUCUCACACACAAAGCAUCUUUUCAGGAGGAAAAGCAUCUGAUUUUUACAGAAGGUGUCAUUUUAUUGUCAGAAAGUCAAAAAAUAUAAUGGUAAAUCACAAUAAUCUGACCUGUUGUUGGUUAUACAAGUCUUUGAAACUUGUUAUAACAUAUAAUUAGAUGAAACCAUUUAUAAAUUAUACUGUGUUUUCCAGUUGGUCAAGACUGCCUGUUUUUUUAAUGAGCAUUUGUUCUUAUAUAUUUGUUAGAUGGUCAGAAAUGCCAUCAAUUCAGAAAAAAACUUAACUCAGGAUGUUCUGCUCUUUUAAAAACACAUUUUCAGAUAAAUUGUGCAUAUUUUUGUUUGUAGAAGCAUGUUGAAGUAAUUCUUGUCUCUGUCUAAUUGGUGUUUCUGAUAUUUGGAGUUUCGAUAACGUUUAAUAAAAGGCUGUUAUUACUUGUUCA